GUCCUGGCUCGCCUGGUUCAAUCAGUCCGGCCAAUUGCCAACUGUCGGGAAAACCGGGGUGUACGAGCACGAAGCGGAAGGAAGUGGAGCCGUCCUCAGCAAACCUCUCACGCCCAAUUGCAGACUUGCGUCGAAUUGAGCUCAAACAUCCCGAAUAAUUGACGCUCAGCACACACCGUGGUCAACCGGGGCCACAGCCAGAAGAGACGGUCUCGUUGAAUUUCCGCAGCACCUCUUCCACCAUGCUGUCAAGAGCUGCGCGCCCGGCAUUGAGGGCCGGUGCUGCCGUUUCAUCCCGAGCGGCGGCUCCGACAGCCACCUUCGCGACGCUGCGUGAGAUCGAGGGUCGCCUCAAGUCGAUUCGCAACAUCGAGAAGAUUACCAACACGAUGAAGAUCGUCGCCUCUACCAAGCUCACUCGUGCGCAGCGCGCCAUGGCCGACUCCCGCAAGUACGGCAAGACCAGCAACGAAGUGUACGAGUCGGCCGAGACCAAGCCUCUCGAGGGCGAGGGCAAGAAGAAGCUGCUGGUUGUAUGCAGUUCCGACAAGGGUCUCUGCGGCGGUAUCCACUCUGGUCUGUCUCGCUACAUCCGCCGGAGGGCGCUCGAGAACCCCAACUUCGACCUGGUGAUCCUGGGCGAGAAAUGCAGGUCGCAGCUGCAGCGAACCAACGCCAAGGACAUUGUCCUCAACUUCGUCGGCGUGGGCAAGGACAUCCCGACCUUUGCUGAGGCCCAGGCUGUCGCGGACCAAAUCGUUAUGCUGCCGGGCGACUACUCGGACAUUGAGAUCAUCUACAACAAGUUCAUCAAUGCUACGAGCUACGAGCCCACGUCCAUCCCGGCAUUCAAUGAGGAGGCUUUCACUUCGUCCCCCAACUUCUCUUCAUUCGAGGUCGAUGAAGAGCUGCUCUCCAACCUCCGCGAGUACGCGCUUGCCAACUCUCUCUACUGGGCUCUUUCCGAGGGUCAUGCCUGUGAAAUCUCCGCCCGCCGCAACGCCAUGGAUAACGCCUCUAAGAACGCCGGUGAGAUGAUCAGCAAGUACCAGAUUCUGUUCAACCGUACCCGCCAGGCCGUCAUUACUGGCGAACUGGUCGAAAUUAUCACUGGUGCCACCGCCUCGGAGGACAUGUAAGCGGGUAGAUCGAUUAAUUCCCAUAGACCAGGGAGAGAGGGGGGGGGGGGGGAGAGGAGUGA